UUCAAAAAAAAAAAGACCCAAAUCCGACUUUGGCCCAUUUGUUUGUUAUCGCACAUUUUCCCUUUCAAGUAAAUUCCAGGCCUGUGGAUUACAGCGGGUUAUCAUGUUCAUGUAUGUAUUCAUUUGGCUCAAAAUAUGUUGAACCCUACUUUAAUGGUUCCCCAAGAACGAAGUAAUUUAAUCAUAUCAAUGAAAAACGCGCUUUCCUUCCUGAAGCGAUUUCCCAGGUUAAUGUGGUCUCUGCAUGGCGAAAUGAACAUGACCAAAUAAGUGAAUAAUUCCUACUGCGUCUUCACUUGUUUGCCAUUGUGGAGCAACUCCUUCUGACUCAUUGUCCAAUUUUAACACUUGCCCAACAAUCCGUUGCAUUCAACAGCCUGCGCCUCGGACUCAAACUCUGCCCUAGUUCUUUGUACCUUGACCUAUUUCUCCCCCGCUCACUGUUUGUCUACAGAAGUUCCUUCCUUUCACGGUCCCUGAUCAUCACCAUCAUCAUCAUCAUCAUCUCCCAUGGCCACUCUGCGGAGAUUCCGCUCGGAGGGAUCCCUCCUGGAUCUUGAUUUCUUCUCAUGGAGGAAGGUAGACCUAAAGAGAACGGAGCAUGAAGACCAGCGGGACUACGGCACAUCUUCUGUUGCUGAAGUUGAGGAAGACGCCGAGCAGCUUCCUGCCAUGCAGGAGCCCAGCGCUUGCAAAGUUAGCAAGAAAGAACUGACGAAGGAGCUUAGUGUCAGUGCGGAGAACCUGAGAGACCUGCAGGAGAAGAAGAGCAAGAGCCACCACCUUGAAGUGGCUGCCAUUGGCGAAGGCUGCCGGGCCUACAGUGACAGCCAACUGGCCCCGGCGGCAAAGGAGAGCAUCGGCGGUGUCGAGAGAGAAGACUUCGCUUCUCCAUCCACUACAUCUGCCGCCCAUCCAUUCGUCCUCAAAUCGCAACAUCGAGCCAAACUUUCGGCUGCCAAACUGCACCUCAAGAGUCUAUUUGGCCAGAGUCCCCAUUCCUCAAACUCCAACCUUUCAAACACAGAACACAAAGACAGUGCCAAAGAGAGGAGGGCACGGCUGCUCUUCAUGCGUCAGUGGAGCCAGGUGGGCCACAGUAAGAGGCACGCCAUCAGUCGAGAAGAACUGGAAAGAUGGGCCCAGUCCCUGGACAACCUGCUGGACAGUCAGACUGGGGUUUUGGUGUUUGAGGCAUUUCUUCGUUCCGAGUUCAGUGAGGAAAAUCUGCAGUUCUACCUGGCCUGCCAGCAGUACAAACAUUCGUCCAACAACUUCAGCUUGCAGAGGAGGGCAAAGGACAUCUGCGCCACCUACAUCCUGGCCGGCUCACCUCGGGAGGUGAACAUCGACUGUAAGACCAGAGAUCUGACCGUGCGGCUGCUGCAGGCUCCCUCCCACACUUCUCUGUCGCACGCGCAGAGGCGCAUCUACUCGCUCCUGGACACGGACUGCUACCCCCGCUUCCUGGAGUCCACCAUCUACCUCGGCUUACUGCGGGAGGCCGACUAGCGGCCAGCCGCGCGCGGAGACCGCCAAGGCAUCGGCCGUGGCCUCUGGCACGCUCGCGGAAGCAAGACAGACGGACACUAAGGAGGUUCCUUGCGCCUCACGGAAAAGACAAAAAAACAAAAGCACUGUUGUCAAAUGAUACGCGAGUAUCAUGAGAUCAGCGACAUCAUGAGAAGGAACCAGUAUUUUUGACGACAAUGAGAAAUUUGAGGAAAUUCCAAGAAGCUUAGAGAUUGCCCUAAGUGAAUUGGGCUCUAUAUUCAGGGAGAGGGGGGGUUUCACCAAUGCACCGGAAGGGAAGUGAUUUUUCUGUCAACAAUCGGAAUUAAAUGAAACCGCUCAUA